AUGCGCAAUACUUACCUGAGGUCCAUCCGAAACUUUAGAGAGGCGGGUCGUCCUAUCGUGUACUUGGAUGAGACUUGGUUGAACACCAAUCAUGUAGCAAGGGGAGAUUGGGUGGACUGUCCUAGGACAUCUACCUCUGCCUUUAAGUCGCAUCGUGGAGGUCAUGGGCGCUUUGUCCCACCUGGGAAAGGCUGUCGUCUGACAAUCGUGGAUGCUGGUUCUUCGGCUGUGGGCAUGAUCCCGGGAUCAUGUCUAAUGUUUGAGUCGAAAACUGACACUCAUGAUUAUCAUGAUGAGAUGAACUCAGGAAACUUCACGAGGUGGUUCACUGAGCAGUUACUCCCUAACCUACCGGUCAUCUGGAUCCCGAGUCUGUGUCCGACAUCGUCGGCGCGAAAGGCCGAGAUCCAGUCUUGGCUUGAUAGAAAGGGUAUUCAUUACACUCCGGCAAUGAUUAAGGCUGAGUUACUCACAUUGGUGAAGCAGCAUAAGCCUCGACCAAAGUAUGUGAUUGACGAUUUGGCUUCACAGGCAGGACACACAGUUUUGCGUCUACCUCCUUAUCAUUGUGAGCUGAAUCCCAUCGAGCUGGUUUGGGCUGAAUUGAAAAGCUUCGUCGCCAGGAGCAAUGCCACAUUUAAGAAAGAUAAAGUGAUGGAGCUAUUCAAUCAAGCAAGAUCAGCAUACGAUGUGGAGAAGUGGAGGAGGGUAGAGAGCCACGUGAUAAAUGAGGUAGAGACAAAACUGUGGAAAAUUGACGGAGUUCAGGAUGACGAGGUCGCUCCGGUGAUCAUUGACUUGACGGACUCGGAAGAGAGUGACAGUGACUUAGACACAGAUUCUGGUGAUGACGAAAUGACGUUGACUCUGACGUAUCCAUGAACUCCGUCGAGGAAUCUGAUGAUGAAGUCACUUGUUGCAUAUGUGGUGACUAUAAUGCUCCUGGACGGUCUCGAAAGAUUGCAUGGGUGGAAUGUGAGUUGUGUGAAAGGUGGAGUCACCGCAUAUGCACCAAGCCCUCUCUAAAGUCGGGUAAGUGCCUUCGAUGUUGGAACAGUUUGUAUGGACUGAAUCCUCUUUCUUCAUGAGCCUUCCUUUGACGAUUGGUGAACUGUUCCUCUUUAAAGGUAAAAGAAAGAUUAUUAAUCAUUCAUUGAUGCAUGUAUCACCUAGUGUUCAAUUAUAGUUUUAAGUACUCAUAUUUGAGAAAAAUAAGCCA